AUGCACACAACAACCAAUGCCAGAGACAUGUUUUCGCGCAGUGUGCCACCCCACAACAGCUCGCUCCAUGUGCUCAGUGAUGUGAGAGACCAAUUCGAGGCCCGUUGUAUUCAAGCGCCUGACCGCGAUGGAAAUGCCGACGGUGGACAAAUACCACCAACAUCCAUCGAACUAAGCCACAAGCAAGACUGGCAGGAUCUGGCCGUUCUUACAGCAGAAAUGAUUGCGGUCAAUGUUGGAAGGCAGAAUUUUGGUGAAGACGUAGUCCUCAUAAUCGGCGACACGAAUGUGACAAUCAGGUCAGGAGUGCUCAUAAUGUCAACUGAAUUCCUGCUCCACAUGAUGUUCAGGCAUAAUGACGCAUUUAGCGACCUGUGUGUCGUUAUUAUGGACAAGGUAAAGGACUUCGCUGUUGGU